UUUAUCAAAGAUCAGCUCGUUUCAUCAUCAUUCAACAUAUUCUUAGAAGAAAUAAGCUCUAAAAACCAGAACCAGAACCAGAACCAGAACCAAUUAAUGGCAGCUUCAUAUAGAAAUGAAGAACGCGUACCAGAAAUAGUGUUCUUCGAUAUAGAAACAUCGGUCCCAAAUAGAGCAGGACCUGGGCAUGAAAGAAGGUUCUGGAUAUUAGAGUUCGGUGCAAUGGUGAUAUGUCCUCUAAAGCUUGUUGAGAUAGAGAGCUACUGUACCCUUAUUAAACCAGGAGAUCUCUCAGUUGUCGCGCUGAGGUCUACACGAACUGAUGGCAUUACGAGAGAGGCAGUAAUGAAAGCACCAACCUUUGAGGAUGUUGCUGAUAAGAUAUAUCAAGUCUUAGAUGGGAGAAUAUGGGCUGGUCAUAAUAUUCAGAGAUUUGAUUGUCUGCGGAUUAAGGAAGCUUUUGCUGAGAUUGGUCGUCCUGCACCUCAACCUUGUGGCAUUAUUGAUUCUUUGGGUGUUCUUUCUGAUAAAUUUGGAAAAAGAGCUGGUGAUAUGAAGAUGGCAACAUUGGCCAAUUACUUUGGACUCGGUCAGCAAAAGCACAGGAGCCUUGAUGAUGUACGUAUGAACUUGGAGGUCCUUAAGAAUUGCGCGACAGUCCUCUUCCUGGAGUCAAGCCUACCAAAUAUGUUGAGUAAUAACAAGUGGAAUAAUGGAUCUUCCACAAUUACAACGAGGAGCAAAAACAAUGUCGAAAACAAGAAAAUGGUACCGAGUUAUAACACAGAAGAACCAAAUAGCAGAAAAUCUCCUCCUGCAGCUUCAUCAUCAAUUGGGUAUAUAAGAUCUGUACCAUAUCCAACAAGAGCAAGUUUGAGAAAGAUGACUGAAAGAGUGAAGAAUAUAUUGUGCAAAGCACAUAGCAACCAGUCUAUCAACAACUUGAUCAAGCAUUCUCAUUCGAUCCUUCGAUAGUUUAACAACCCGAAAAGAAAAGGAAAGGAAAAAUCAACAACUUAAGCCAUUCUUCAAAUUCAAGGCUUGCUUAUGUUGUUCUUGUGAGGUGAAGAUCACAAAAUAUGGUGAAAUGGAUACAUGAUUGAUCACCUGUUUUUCUCUUGAUUUUUUUUUGUGAUUCAAUUUGUAAAUAAUGAUUCUUUGUAAAUGUAAAUAAAAAUCUUAUGCACAACUCACAACCAUAAUUCUACAUGUAUAAGUGUAUAUUUGUAAGAUAGUAGCUGCAAUCUUGUAAAUCUGUAAUCAUGUAUGAAUAUAUGAUCACUACAAGUUUUAAACCUAUGUAAUGUGCAUAGAUUAGGCCCAUUAGGUGGCCCAUUGAACAGUCAUGGACUCAUGGACUACAACUUGGGAAUGGAUCCUUCUUUUGUGACUAGGAAAAGUUUCUCAAA